AUGAAGUGGCAUCGGAACCCCUUCUUCCACACGGCUGUCAUGCCGCCGUCCGUGGCCCCGUCCGCCUUGGCGUCGGCACGGCCGUCUGCGGACCUGGACACUGCAACAGCUGCUGCUUUCCGCGCCUCCCUUGUUGCGCGCAACGCAACAUCCGCCCGGCCAUCGACUGACCUGCUUCACCCGCCAGCCGGCCAAGCCAGCGGCCGCCCGUCCAUUACCAUCGCACCAGCCCCAGCCGGCCAUCCCGACCAUGCAGACCACCCCGACAACCCGGUCGACCCCAGCCAGCACCUCGCGCCACACGGCAUCCUCGCCGAGGCGGCCAACCGCGUCGUGCAUGGCCGUCGGCAUGUCGGCCGUCGCAAGACGCGCAAGGUCCCCAAGCUCACGAUUUGCGAGCCCAGUGACCACCUGACACCUUAUCAGGCCUUUUACAUUUUCGGCAUCGACGGCCUGGGUGCGUUUGUGCUCUCGGGUGGCAUCAACUUUGCCAUUGGCUACGCCAUGUACAAAACCAUCAACGUCGAAAAGCACCCCAUUCGCCUCUUCCAGUUUCCCAAUACCCUCGCUGGCGACGCCACCGUCACCAUCUUUAUCCAGUGCGUCCUGACUUGGUUCAUUGAGCUCGUCCUCGUCAACCGCGACCUGCGCUCCGGCCACAUCCAGCCCAUUGGCUUUUUGCACGAGCCGUCCAAUGCCCUUGUGCGGUGGUUCCUGCUGCUCGACCGCCGACCGCCGGCAAACGAUGCCGAGGCCAACAAAAGCAACGGCGACGACGGGCUCCGCCGGCCCCUGUCGGCACCGCACGACGAAAACUGCCGCUGCGAGCAGCACAGCGAGCAGUACGAGAUUGGCUCGUGGAAGCACUGGGCUGUGUUUUUGGUGUCCCAGCUCAUCCGCGCCCUGCUGGCGGGCGUGCUCAUGUGGAUGGUGCUGUGGCCUGUCUCCAUUGGCAUCCUGACGGCCGUGGGCGACAAGGGUGCCGACGGCGACUGGUGGUUUGGUCCGUCGUCGUGGGCGCCGCCCGUCUUCAAGCUGAUUCUCGGCGGCGUCCUGGCGCUGCUGACGACGCCACCCUUUGCGGCCUUUUGGCUGGUGCGCUGUGGCUGGGCCGUGCAGGCCAACGAGCGGCACCUGAAUGCGCUGGCGGAUGCAGCGGCUGUGGAGGCGGCCGCGGCAGCGGCGGCCGCGAAAGUGAGCGGUGGCGUGGUCGGCAGCAUGACUGGCAGUGCUGCUGUCCCCACGGUGGACGUGCAGGCACCUGCAGACACUACUGCGGAGUCCUCCGAAGAGAGAGAAGGAACUGGCCACGAGUAA